ACUUUGCAUAGUCAUCCCAUUGGCCGGAUUGGAACCUCUGGCGAGCCGGUUUUGGCCCGCGGGCCGUAUGAUUGACACCCCUAAUGACACCACGAGUUCACCCACCCUCUAACUCAGAGCUAGCACAGGUGUUUCCGGGCAAGUAAUUAGUCUAUGGUAAUUACCGGAAUAUAAACUUCGAAUUUAGCAUCGUGCUUAUUCUCCACUAAUCAUGAAGCUAACCGCCUUACUACACUUUUGUAGUACUACACUCUGACCAGAGUUCACUGAGAAGAUACUUGACUCCUUCAGAAAACUCCUGAUCUGCUGCACUGCCUUGAUUAGAUCUAUGUGCGCCAGCUUCCUGUAUUUCCUGUGUGCCUGGGGGUGGGGUGGAUAGCAUUGUAAACCCUCCUCAUUGGCUGAGAUAUUUUCUCUGGCAACUAGAAAACGUGAUCCUGCCUGCAGAGGCACUGCAGUGUGUGCUGCAGCGAGAGAGAGCAACGCAAGAGAUAAAGAGAGGGAGUGUGUGUGUGAGAAAAGAGAGAGUGAGGGAGUGGGUAAAAGAGAGAGAGAGAGAGAGAGAGAGAGAGAGAGAGGAGGGGGUGGGCAGACAAAACAAGCCACAUGCAUAAGGAGAGAGCCAAAGGCACAGAGACAGAGGGAGAGAGUGUGUGAGUGUGCAUGUAUGUGUGAAAACACUGCGCAUGUGUGACUGUGAGGUGCACUGACUGGAACAGACGGAGAAGGAGAAAGAGGAGUGAUGAUCAGCAGCUGAGACAAGAAGAAAGAUAACAGUGAAGAGGAGGGGUAAAAGGAGACGAGAAGCUUUACCUGAAGACCAGACAAGAGAAAAGGAAGGAAGAGACGGGGAGGUACGCACAGAGAAACACAGCAUAUAAGCUCAGACCCCUGCAUUAAAUAAGCUGAAUAUACGGAGAGGUUUGCGAAGAGUGAUGGAGAGAGAGAGACCGGAGAGAGACGCUCAUCGACAGCUUGUGGGAGAAGGAACUGGACUGGGACACUGAAGGGCAGCGGCACCAGAGAGGAGGGAGAGAGAAGAGGAAUGAGGGAUGCAAAGCUCAAAGGAAGCAGCCCAAGACAUGACGCAUCCACCUUACAACAGCCUCCUCCAUCUUACAUCUCCCCCAUGUUUCCCUCCCGCCGCUGCUGCUGCUGCAUGUUGUUCGUCCUGCUAGAACCGAAUGGAAAGUAGAGAGCAUCCUUCCCGUGUUGAGACAUCCCAGGAACAAAGAGCCUGAGCGGCACGGUUUAUCCUCACAGAGCAGCAUCAACAACAUUGACGGCAACAACUGGAACAGGAGGGAGGAGGAGAGAAAGGACUGCAACAAGACGAGUACGCAGGCAGACAGGUACAUGGACCAAAAGAAUCCUGAGUCAGUGAGACAAGCACAGAGGCAUCCUUCAGACUGUUAUCCCAUCUGCUCAGCCAGUCAAAUCAAAAACCUUCAUUCCUACUUUUGAGGAAUUUCAGGAGCCUUGGACCUCGGAGGGGUCAUAAAAACAGCUUUCUGGGGAAUUACAGUGCACCUCCCCAAAACAGACCUCCUCCCUCUGUCUUAUCAACAAGCCACCCAGACACUGGGUCACCUGAUCAAACGGGACCAAGAGCAGAGAGAAAGACUGGAGCUUGUUCUUACUUUCUCACACUGUGGAGCCGACAAGUAACACACCCGCAGCCAAAAACAGGAAGUGAAGCGGGCGGUUGAGUGAGAAACACAUGCAAGGGCUAGUUUGAGAAGGCAAGAGUUUCCUUGGCAGGCCACAGGAUAUCAUAUCUGGACCUUUUUUUUUAACUGCCUGAACUCAACACCCCACCCCCACUCUGUGAAUGAAAUAUAUACCAACCUGUACUGUUUGUAUAUAAGCGAGCAUCUGCGUGCAUAUGAGAUUAUUUAUUGGUGUUAUCACUGAGUGAAAACAAGUCUUUGUGCUAAAGUUAUUACUGUCCUUGUGUGUGAAUAUACUUUUCUGCAAAUAAGCUUCAGAGACAGCACAGGAUCAUCAGCAUAAGUGAGAAGCAACAACAAAAAAACUACCUUUAAGUCGUCAACACUGGUCAGAAACUGUAAGCUUGACUGUUUAGUCAUAUGUACAUAUCAGCAGUGACAGAAUAAGAGCUCAAGGUUGUGGUGCUCUGGCUGAGCUCCUCUAUCUGUCUUCCCCACAUAAAGACUCAGGCUGACAGAACCAACCAGAGGGGGAUCUCUGCAGAAAACAUGGAGGCAACCAUCCGUCCCCAUGUUCCCUCUAAUGGCUGACUUUAAAAAAAGUACAUAAUAUAAUCCCCUUGCCCAAAACCAGGCAGGGUUGUCCAGUGCUGAUUUGAGCCACAGCCCCUCUCUUUUCCACCUUCAAAAACUGUACGAAUGUCCUGCCUCCGGCGUCAGCCCGUCACCAUCCCCAUGGACACCGUCAAGAUCAUCCAGUCGGAGAAGUUUCCCAGAGAGUGCCCCGUGCCUGUCACCCAGCCACGCUAUGCUCCACCCCCCAGAGUGGCUUGGGACGGUGGUGGUGAAGGUGAAAUCAUAGUGAAUCAGGCAUGCAGCGACCUGGCCCUGGAGAUGACAGGGUCCCCCAGGUCGAUAGUGUCCUCCCCUGCCCCCGUGACGCGCAGGGAGCAGAGCUUCCUGGCGCAGCGCAAAACCAGUGCCAACGAAAUCUGCUACCACCAGUUCCACUACAAGAUGGAGGACGUUAUAGUCAACCAGUACGUGCUGCGCUCUUCCUCAACCUCUUCCUCCACCUCCUCUUCCUCCUCCUCGGGACCUGUGAUGCCCUGCGAGCCCCUGGACUGCCCAACCUGCGGUCACACCUACAACUUUGCUGGCAAGCGUCCACGUAUACUCUCCUGCCUGCACUCAGUGUGUGAGGAGUGCCUGCAGAUCCUCUACGAGUCCUGUCCCAAAUACAAGUUCAUCUCCUGCCCCACAUGUCGGCGCGAGACGGUGCUGUUCACUGACUAUGGCCUGGCUGCUCUGGCCAUCAACACCAGCAUCCUGAGCCGCUUGCCCUCUGACCCUAACGGGCCUGUGCAGUGGGGCGGGGACGCCGACCGCAGCUGCUACCAGACUGUGCGCCAAUACUGCCAGUCAGCCUGCACCUGCCAGAUCGCCAACCCUUUGUCCUCCUGUGGCAUCAUGUAGACAAGGGGGGACACUGCAGGCAUGACUCAAGGCUGCCCCUUCCCCCACCCACCAACCCGACACUCUUUUCGUCUAUAAGCUCGACCCUUUCUGCCAAUUCCCCCCCCCCCCACACUCACAUACAGUGAAUAAAUCCCUCCACAGAUGUUAUCUCUAUAUAUUUAAUAGCACAGAUGGAUGCUGUGUGGGACUAAUGGAUGCUGGUGGUUCGAUAAAUAGUAAAUAAAUGUAUUUUAUGUAUGGACUGGAAUCCUAUUCACCCUCUCUCGUUUGGUUGGAUGUGUUUGUCAUUGACAUCUCUUUACAUGGGAAUGCCAGGGGAGGUCUAUCCCCCCAACCUAGGUGAAUAAAGAUUAAACGAUUAAAGUAACUCA